AUGAAGAAUUGCACCACCAACUGCUCUCAUUGUCGUCUCAGCCGGAAAUGCAUCCGCAGAGGAAUUGUAGAGCUUUACCCCAAAGGGAGCUCUUCCAGAAAUUCUCGAUGGCCUAAGCCAAGCCAAGGCCAAAGAGGGGGUUUGGAAAUAGUUUUCAACCAGCAAUAGACGCGCCUCGGUUAGAACCUCACUAGCUGCGUCAUUGCCCCAAGCGCAAAGAUACCUGAGCAUGCUGAGCACUGGCAAUCUUAUAAGCCUUGCACUUGACUCUCUUACCAAAAACCACCGAUGUGGGAUUAGCCUUUACGCGACUUCAAGUAAGCGCACUGUCACGGAUUACUGUUCAUGACAAGGGUCUGGCCCAAAUCCAGUGCUCAGAAAGAAUUACCAUAUAAGCGCAGAGGGACAGAAUCUA